AUGGGGACCCUCACACUGGAGCUGGAUCCCGCUUCCCCCCACACCAUCCUCCUCUGCACCGCCAGGGGCUUCUACCCCGUGGAGAUCGAGGUCCGGUGGCUGAAGAACGGGAGGCUGGAGGAGGAGGGCGUGGCCUUUGGGGAGGAGCUCCAGAACGGAGACUGGACCUACCAGCUCCAGGUGAUGCUGGAGACCCAGCCCCAGCGGGGGGACGUCUACGCCUGCCAGGUGGAGCAUGCCAGCCUGGAGGCCCCCAUCACCGUCCAAUGGGAGCCCCAUUCCUCCAACUCUGCCAAGAGCAAAGUCUGGACGGGGAUCGUGGCAGCCGUGAUCGGGGUGAUCUUCUUCACUAUGGGGCUCUCCCUCUACCUGAAGAGCAAGACAGGUGAG